ACUAGAGAAAAGCGAGAGAACCGUGUGAAUCGAACUGAAAAAACCGAAACCCUCACUUCACCAUCGCCGCCGCCGUAACCAUGGAAAAAGCCGCUUCCUUCUUGUUCGCCGGUACUAUCUUCAACAAAAAGAAGUACGCCGACGAGAUCGCCCGGUUUAAGGAGAAAAAAGAAACUGAAAAUGAAGUGGAUUAUUUGAGUUCGUUCGAACGUGUAAAUCCAGGUUCAGAGGAAGUUACGGUUUCUACGAAAAAAAGAAAGCGUAAACAAGCAGCUUCAGAAGCGGUAGAAGGAUUUAAUGUCUUUAAGAGUUCAAAAAAAGCACUGGUUAUAAGCGAAGAGAACAAAACAGAUGAGGGAGAAGAUAAUCUUUCUAAAGAAAAGAAGAAAAUAAACCUAAAAUUGGAGGCAGAUUCGAUUUUGCGGAAACAGUAUAAUAUUCAUGUCUCUGGGAAUAAAGUUGCGUCUCCACUGAAGAGUUUCGCAGACUUAAGCUCAGUAUAUGGAUGUGAGUCUUAUUUAUUGCACAAUUUUGCUAAACUUGGAUUUAAAGAGCCAACACCAAUUCAACGACAGGCUAUUCCGGUUCUUCUAUCCGGUCGAGAAUGCUUUGCUUGUGCCCCAACUGGGUCCGGAAAAACCUUGGCUUUUGUAUCGCCUAUGCUUAUGAAACUCAAGCAUGCAUCGACUGAAGGUGUGAGAGCUGUUAUACUGUGUCCUACUCGUGAGCUAGCUGCUCAGACGACCAGAGAGUGUAAAAAACUUGCAGAAGGAAAUAAAUUUUAUAUAAAACUGUUGACUAAAAAGCUCAUAAGAAGCGCGCAUUUGACAAAGCUGCGUUGUGAUAUACUUAUAUCCACGCCACUUCGCUUGAGUUCAGCUAUCAAGAAAAGGAAACUUGAUUUGAGCAGGGUUGAAUAUCUUGUCCUGGAUGAGUCCGACAAACUGUUUGAGCUUGGCUUGAUAAAGCAGAUUGAUUCUGUGGUUAAAGCAUGUUCUAAUCCUUCGAUUAUACGCUCAUUAUUUAGUGCUACUUUACCUGAUUCGGUUGAGGAACUUGCACGCACCAUAAUGCAUGAUGCUGUUCGCGUUAUUAUUGGCAGAAAGAAUACGGCUUCUGAAUCUGUUAAUCAAAAGUUAGUUUUUGCUGGAACUGAAGAAGGGAAACUACUUGCUCUUCGGCAAAGUUUUCAAGAGAGAUUGAAUCCUCCGGUUUUGAUCUUUGUACAAAGCAAAGAACGCGCAAAGGAACUGUAUGAAGAGCUGAAAUUUGAUAAUAUUAGAGUUGGUGUCAUCCAUUCAGACUUAUCUGAAACACAGCGUGAAAAUGUUGUUAAUGACUUCCGAGCUGGCAAAACGUGGGUUUUGAUCGCCACCGAUGUCAUUGCCCGUGGAAUGGACUUCAAAGGUGUCAACUGUGUGAUUAAUUACGAUUUUCCCGAUUCUGCUGCUGCGUACAUUCACCGAAUCGGUCGGUCCGGCAGAGCAGGGAGGACCGGAGAAGCUAUUACUUUCUACACAGAAGAUGAUGUUCCGUUUUUGCGUAACAUAGCUAAUGUGAUGGCAGCAUCCGGCUGCGAGGUUCCGUCCUGGAUCAUGGCUUUGCGUAAGCUAAGGUGGAAGAAGCAUCGGCCCAAAAGAGAGUCGAUUUUAACCAUACCAGAUGUUGCAGAAGAGUAAACAAAUUGCUGGAACGAACUAUUUGCACCGGAUUCUUGUUCUUAAAUUUCCUGUAGAGUUUUUUACUUCAUAACUUGUCUGAUUGGAUUUUUAUCCUUGAGGUAACAAGUGCAGCACAGGUUAAUUAUCCCGGCACUGGAGCCUCAAUCGGGACCAAAACGGCAGUUGGACUUAGUAAGUCUUCAAUUUUUUUAUGAAACAGGAAAUUGAUAGCUGUAGGUUUUGGGGUCAAUGUUCCUAUAAUUGUUGCUUCCCUUGAAACAUUAGUUUAUUUAAUCUAUAUUGAAAUUAAUAUAUAUUAUACCUAGAA